AUGGCGGAGACUGCUGUACCUAUCAUUGACUUUUCGGGGUUCUAUUCGAGUGAUCCGGCCCAAAAGAAGGCGAUAGUGGAUCAGGUCCGCGAACAAUGCCUCUAUAAUGGAUUCUUCCAGAUCACCGGUCACUCUGUUCCCCUGACUCUCCAGGAAAAUGUCAUGUCGUGCACUAAGAAGUUCUUCAAUCUUCCUUUAGAGGCAAAGCAGAAAUGUUCCAAGGAUAAUAACACUUGGAAUCGUGGUUAUGAGAUGUUACGAUCCCAAAUUCUCGAAGAAGGCACUCAGCCGGAGUUGAAGGAAGGUUUCUACAUUGGCGCAGAUAUUCCCACAAGCCACCCCUAUUUUGUGAAUAAGAAACUCAACAGUGGGCCAAACCAGUGGCCAGAGGCUCUGGCAUCGGAGCUUCAAGACUUCAAGGAUGGCACUAUGGAGUAUUAUAAUGCCACACUAAAAUUGGCGGCAGAUCUUCUGAAGGCUAUUGCUCUAUCCCUCGAUCUUGAAGAGGAGUACUUCGGAAAAUUCAUGGAUGGAGCUGUAGCAACCAUGCGUCUUCUUCAUUAUCCUAGCCAACCCGCCGAUUGCGACGAAAAGCUCACACGAGGCAUCGGGGCCCACACAGAUUUUGGAGCAAUCACGUUGUUGCUUCAAGACAACGUCGACGGGCUUCAGGUGUGGGACAAGAAGACUAAUUCCUGGUUCGAUGUUGAGCCGACCAAAGGUGCCUAUGUUGUGAAUCUUGGCAAUCUUAUGGCACGGUGGACAAAUGAAAAGUACAAGAGUAAUAUACAUCGCGUGAUCAACAAAUCAGGCAAAGAGAGGUACUCUAUUCCGGUCUUCAUCUCAGGCAACCCGGACUACCUCGUGGAAUGCAUUCCAAGCUGCAAGGCUGCUGAUGAGGAAGGCAAGUUCCCUCCAAUCACAGUAGAACAGGCAGUGUCUUCCUCAUAUGCGGAGUCCUACGGUAGAGCACAAAAAUACAAACAAGGUCUGGAGAAAGCACUGGAUCACGCGAUGCAAACUCCUCAAGUCUCAGUUGCUUGA